CGAACAUGAGACGAGGUAGUAGCGGACUCGUGCUACCGCCAUGGACGCCGCCUUCCAUUCCCCAGCAGGGCCUGUGGCAGGCGUGCAGCAUGAUCUGGGGCGAGCGACCAGUACUGCAGGCAGCAGCGUCGCAGCGGACCGGCCGUUGUCCACGGCGUGGCAGACGGCACUCAACGCCACAGCCAUGAGCGCAACCAAGAAGAGGCAAGUGCGCCGCGGGGGCAAGCCACCGCCCGACAGGCCCCAGAGAGCACUCUUCUGCCUCACCCUCACCAACCCCAUUCGGAAACUGUGUAUAGACGUCGUCGAAUGGAAACCUUUUGAGUACCUGAUAUUACUGACCAUCUUUGCAAACUGUGUUGCCUUGGCUGUGUACACUCCUUAUCCCAAUGGUGAUUCCAAUAAUACAAACCUUUAUUUGGAAAAAAUUGAAAAUGUCUUUUUAGGUAUAUUUACAGUUGAAUGUGUGAUGAAGGUUGUAGCGUAUGGUUUAGUGGCACACCCUGGAGCAUACUUGCGGAAUGGCUGGAAUUUAUUAGAUUUUACUAUUGUUGUUAUAGGUUUAAUAAGCACUGCAUUGUCAAACUUAAUGAAGGAAGGGUUUGAUGUGAAAGCAUUGCGUGCAUUCCGUGUUCUACGACCACUGCGUUUAGUAUCAGGAGUACCAAGUCUACAGGUUGUGCUAAACUCAAUUCUUCGUGCCAUGGUGCCUUUAUUACAUAUUGCUCUCCUGGUAUUGUUUGUUAUUAUAAUCUAUGCAAUAAUAGGCCUGGAAUUAUUCUCAGGAAAGAUGCAUAACACGUGUUAUGAUAAUACAACAGACAAAAUGAUGCGUGAUCCACAUCCAUGUGGGAAAAAUGGAGAAGGUGGUUUCCAGUGUUCUGAACUAGGUCCAAAUAUGACAUGCAAAGAAGACAGCUGGGAUGGUCCAAAUUUUGGAAUAACUAAUUUUGAUAAUUUUGGCCUUGCUAUGCUAACAGUUUUUCAAUGUAUAACUCUGGAGGGUUGGACUGAUGUUUUGUAUGAUAUUGAAGAUGCGAUGGGAAAUACGUGGCAGUGGAUAUACUUCAUCUCAAUGGUUAUUCUCGGAGCAUUUUUUGUCAUGAACCUAAUCCUUGGUGUCCUCAGUGGAGAGUUUUCCAAGGAAAGAGAAAAGGCCAAAGCUCGUGGUGAUUUUCAUAAGCUCAGAGAGAAACAGCAAAUUGAGGAGGAUUUGAGAGGUUAUUUGGACUGGAUAACACAGGCAGAAGAUAUUGAACCUGAAGGAGAGGAUCACCCUCGGAAUCAAGAUGUAAAAACACAGAAUGAAAUGGAAACCGCAGACAGAGCUGAAGGUGAUGAACUGGAAGUAGAGCAAGAAUCUUGGUGGAGAAAAAAGAAAAAGGACUUCGACAGGCAGAAUCGUCGUUUGAGACGAGCUUGCAGAAAAGCUGUGAAGUCACAAGCAUUCUACUGGUUAAUUAUAAUGCUGGUGUUCUUAAAUACAGUUGUUCUUGCUACAGAACAUUAUCAUCAACCUAAAUGGCUUGAUGAUUUUCAAGACUGGACCAAUCUCUUCUUUGUUGCUCUCUUCUCAAUGGAAAUGUUAGUCAAGAUGUAUAGCUUAGGAUUUCAGGGCUACUUUGUGUCACUGUUCAACCGCUUUGACUGUUUUGUCGUCAUAGGUAGUAUAGGUGAAAUUGUUUUAACGCACACAAAAGUUAUGCCGCCUCUGGGAGUAUCUGUCUUGCGGUGUGUUCGUCUGUUGAGAGUGUUCAAGGUGACCAAAUAUUGGAGAUCUCUGUCAAAUUUGGUUGCCUCUCUGCUUAAUUCAAUACAAUCAAUUGCAUCUUUGUUGCUGCUGUUAUUUCUGUUUAUUGUUAUAUUUGCCUUACUUGGAAUGCAAGUAUUUGGUGGAAAGUUUGAUUUUGAAGACACGCAAGACAAAGAUCGAAGUAAUUUUGAUAGCUUUUGGCAGAGUUUACUGACUGUCUUCCAGGUACUGACUGGUGAAGACUGGAAUAUGGUGAUGUACAAUGGAAUACAGGCUUAUAAUGGAGUUGGCUCAUUUGGUGUACUGGCCUGUGUUUAUUUCAUUAUUCUUUUCAUUUGUGGUAACUAUAUUUUGUUAAAUGUAUUCUUGGCUAUCGCUGUUGACAACCUGGCAGAUGCAGAAUCGCUGACAGCCAUAGAAAAGGAAGCAGAAGAAGAAGCUGAGAAACAGCAGAAAUCUCACAGUGGAUCCCCUUCUCGAGGAGAUGAAAAUGUAGACAGCAGAACAAGUGAAGAGGAUCAGGAUAGAGACAGAGAUGGUACAGAAAUAUCAGAAAAAGAUGAAGAAUUAGGAAGUCAUAGUAGAGUUCAGUUAGAAAUAGGUGAUACAGAAGAUUAUGGUUAUGACGGGCAGAAUGACAAUCAAGAUGAAGUAGAUGGAGAUGGUAUGCCAACCGUAUCUGCAAGGCCCCGAAGAAUGUCAGAGAUCAGCAUCAAAACAACCAUUCGACCACUCCCCACAGGAAGUGCCUUCUUUAUACUUUCCCACACUAACAGGUUCAGAGUAUUCUGUCACUGGUUUUGUAACCACAGUUACUUUGGAAAUGUUAUACUUGCAUGCAUCAUGAUUUCCUCUGCCAUGCUUGCUGCUGAAGAACCUCUACAGCAGAAGACGCCAAGAAAUGAUAUUCUUGGACAUUUUGACAUAUUCUUCACAACAGUUUUCACUGUUGAGAUAUGUUUAAAAAUGGUUUCCUAUGGUUUUAUACUCCACGAUGGUGCCUUCUGCAGAUCAGCAUUUAACCUUCUCGACCUUUUAGUAGUCUGUGUCUCACUUGUGGCCAUGUUUGUCAAGUCAAACGCAAUUUCUGUGGUGAAAAUACUGAGAGUUUUGAGAGUACUUCGUCCAUUGAGAGCAAUAAAUCGAGCCAAAGGAUUAAAGUACGUAGUGAAAUGCGUGAUAGUAGCCAUUAAGACGAUCGGCAAUAUCAUGCUGGUAACCUACCUUCUGCAGUUCAUGUUCGCUGUCAUUGGAGUGCAGCUAUUCAAGGGUAAAUUCUUUUCAUGCACAGAUGGCUCAAAGAUGACCAAGGAUGAAUGUCAAGGCACAUUCUUAGUUUUUGAAGAUGGUGACAUUAAUCAACCAAAAGUGGAAACCAGAGAGUGGGAAAGAAAUCGGUUUCAUUUUGAUGAUGUUGCUAAAGCCAUGCUCACACUUUUUACUGUAUCUACAUUUGAAGGUUGGCCUGGAUUGCUUUACGUCUCCAUUGAUUCAAAUAAGGAAGAUCAUGGUCCAAUUUAUAAUUUCAGGCCAAUUGUUGCUGCAUAUUACAUCAUAUACAUCAUCAUUAUUGCAUUUUUUAUGGUGAACAUAUUUGUAGGUUUUGUUAUUGUUACGUUUCAAAAUGAAGGUGAACAAGAAUACAAAAACUGUGAGCUGGAUAAAAACCAGCGUAAUUGUAUUGAAUUUGCUCUAAAGGCAAAACCAGUUCGUAGGUACAUUCCUAAACACAGGCUUCAGUAUAAAGUCUGGUGGUUUGUCACGUCACAGCCUUUUGAGUAUGCAAUUUUUAUACUUAUCCUGAUGAACACAGUUACAUUGGCAAUGAAGUUCCAUAAUCAACCAGAACCAUAUACAAAUGCUCUGAAUAUAUUAAACAUGCUUUUCACAUCUGUUUUUGCAAUGGAAUUUGUGUUCAAACUAGCUGCCUUCAGAUUCAAGAAUUACUUUGGAGAUGCAUGGAAUGUAUUCGACUUCAUCAUUGUACUAGGCAGCUUUAUUGACAUCGUCUAUGAUGAGGUGAAUCCUGGUUCUGGAAUGAUAUCCAUUAAUUUCUUCCGUCUCUUCCGAGUAAUGAGAUUGGUGAAGCUUCUGAGCAGGGGAGAAGGAAUACGCACUUUGCUAUGGACAUUUAUAAAAUCAUUCCAAGCAUUACCAUAUGUUGCAUUGCUCAUAGUGAUGCUGUUCUUCAUCUAUGCAGUGAUUGGUAUGCAGUUAUUUGGAAAGAUAGCACUUGACUCGGACACGGAAAUCCAUCGCAAUAACAAUUUCCAGACCUUCCCUCAAGCCGUAUUAGUUUUAUUUCGAUCUGCAACAGGUGAAGCUUGGCAAGAAGUUAUGUUAGCAUGUUCAGCAAAUGUGAAGUGUGAUAUUAAAUCAGAUGAGAAAGGAAACAUAUGUGGAUCCGAUAUGGCAUUUCCAUAUUUUAUAUCAUUUUAUGUUCUCUGUUCAUUUCUGAUAAUAAACUUGUUUGUUGCUGUUAUUAUGGACAAUUUUGACUAUUUGACAAGAGACUGGUCCAUUCUGGGACCUCAUCAUCUGGAUGAAUUUAUACGCUUGUGGAGUGAAUAUGAUCCAGAUGCAAAGGGUCGAAUCAAGCAUUUGGAUGUUGUUACAUUACUUAGAAAAAUAUCACCACCCUUGGGGUUUGGAAAACUGUGUCCGCAUAGAGUAGCCUGCAAGAGAUUGGUUUCCAUGAACAUGCCACUAAAUAGUGAUGGCACUGUUCUGUUUAAUGCUACAUUGUUUGCUGUUGUCCGAACAUCACUGAGAAUAAAAACAGAAGGAAAUAUAGAUGAUGCCAACGCUGAGCUUAGAGCAGUGAUAAAGAAAAUUUGGAAAAGAACAAGCCCCAAACUAUUAGAUCAAGUAGUGCCACCACCAGGAGUGGAAGAUGAAGUAACUGUGGGAAAAUUCUAUGCAACAUUCCUCAUUCAAGAUUAUUUCCGACGUUUUAAGAAAAGGAAAGAACAAGAACUGAAAGAUGGUGAUAAAGAAUCUCAUAACACAGUUACUUUGCAGGCAGGUCUUCGGACACUGCACGAUGCUGGUCCUGAGUUGAAACGUGCCAUAUCUGGAAAUUUGGAGGAACUUAUAGAUGACAAUCCAGAACCCAUGCACAGGCGGAACCAUUCUCUGUUUGGAAGUGUAUGGUCUUCCAUGCGAAGAGGACAUGGAGGAUUUCACAGAGCUCGUUCUCUUAAAGUAAAUGCUACACAGAUAAAAAUGAACCAUUUGGAUGUGCCUGGCAGAAACCUGAGAAAGGUCUCACCCACAAAUUCUAUAGAUUACUUGCCCUACAAUUCAAUUCAUAGGGCUAUAACUGAGAGUAUGAAUCAUGUAACAAGCAUGACAAAAGCAGCUGUAGCCCCUCAGAUAAUGAGUUCAACAGGAACACAAGAUGCAGUUGUACCAAAGGGUGAAGAGUCAAUUCCUCUCCAUUCUUUGACUGUGUCAAAUGGUGAUCCAACAGACCAAUCUUAUAGCCCGUAUCGGGUCAUUGGCAAACCUGGCUAUGGCCAGUUUAUACAACCCAACAGCUAUGUGUCAAGGGUGGGAGAUUCAAAUGGGAGUCUUGGUACAGAAAGACUGUCGCAUUCCCUUCCUGGUAGUCCAGCUGAUCGCAGGCCAAACUUUCCUGAAGUUGUUGGGUCAGCUGAGAGUCUUGUUGGCAGGGUGCUGGUUGAGCAAGGACUUGGAAAGUACUGUGAUCCUGACUUUGUGCGUUACACAUCACGAGAAAUGCAAGAAGCACUCAAUAUGACGCAAGAAGAAAUGGAUCGUGCAGCUCAUAGGCUGCUGUUACAAGAGCAUCAAGGGAGACCCCUUUCAUUCCAGAACUCCGCUGUUCCUGGAGAACUUGUACAAGGAAGUGCCAACCCUCAUUUAUAGCAGUGGGCCCCUACUCUUUUCAGCCAAAAAGUAUUGGCUUGUCUUAUAAAGUGCCUCAUUUACUUUUCCUGAAAAUGGAAAGAUAAAUCAACCUUGACACAAAGUGUCAUUUCCUCCUUAUGUGAACUGCCCAAAUUCAACAAUAGUUGAUUGUUUUUCCUGAUAUACAUAUACAAGAGGAAUGACAUAGAGAAACAUGACUCAUUCACCUGGUAUGGCCUUUAUGUUGUGUUAAUUGAAAAUUUGUCAUGAAAUGUGUGUGAUACAUAUCCAGUGACAGUGCUUUUUAAGUCAAAUAUGUAUCCUGGCAGGACCAGGAAGCUGUAAAACACUUGUGGUGAGCAUAGUCACAUAUUUUUAUUAUUCCAGUGAAGGAAUUGUUUUUGGAUAAUGCAUGAAGAAAUUGGGUCAGCUUUAUUUGCAGCAUAAUUACCUGCACUAUGUGAGCCUCAAGAAAUUAAAUUUUCAGUAUAUGUUUGAAACAUUUUUUCUUCUCAUUUGUCAAAACUAGAGCUUAUAGUUAAAACUGACUUGGGUGGUACAUUUCAAGGCAAAGCUAAUUUUGUUUACUGAAUAAGGGAGAAAGUACCAUAUUAUAGUAAACUUUGAGCACAUUUCCAAUAUUAAUUCUUUCAACAAUUACUGGAGAGCUAUUUUAUUUUUUGUUCUUUUCCAUUAUGACAAUCUUCAUUCACAUAUGCUGAUAAAGUCAGGUCUGGAACAUAUUGGUUUUGUGUGUUCAGGGAAUUUACAAAUUCCUCCAUUAGGUAUUAUCCCCAUUUUUCAGCCCCUUUCCUUUGCCUUUACAGUUAUACCAGAAAGAUAUAGUAAAUAUUUUUCCAUUCAAGAUUGGUGCACAAAAUUUUUACAAACUGAACAAAAAUUGUGUAAGAGUAGUCAGUCAGUUUUUUUACAAGGAAUUUAUCUUACUUUUUCAUGAUAAGUUUGGACUAUUACUUGAAUACUGAUUUUGUUCUGAGGAAGGGUUUUUUCUGACAACAUAGCUAAUAUGAAUACAUGCAAAGAAAAAGGAGUUGUAAUAACUAAUUAAUAAUAAAUUUUCAAUGAUUUCUUUUGGAUAAAGUAUGAAGGGCUUUCCUGUUAUUCAGUUAGUCUUUUACCUUUUUUUUAAAUAAUUUGCCCCUGUAGAAGGAGAGAGACACAAAAUUACACUUACAUAAAUUAUUCAUUUUGUAGAGUAAUGAGCAAAUAAUUCCUGUUGCAAAAUUUCAUUUAACUUUAUCAUUAUCAUUGUAUUUUGUGUUAAAGGAAAUUGGUAAAAACAAAUAUUUUAAUCACUGUAAUCAUCCUUUGGUCAUUACAGCUCCUUGCAGAAUCCUAAGAUAUAAACGGAGUAGUUUUCUUCUCCUAUUUCCAUGUGUUUCUUUAUGAAUGCCAGUUAAAAGAUAAAAUGUUACAGAAUUGUUACUUUUAUGCAAUGUGGAUUUUGUAUGACUGUAAGAAAUUGUACAUGAUACUGGAUGUCCAUUUGUAAUGUUAUAAGCCUUCUACAGUGAAUGUAAGGAAGCCAGUACAUUUCCUGAUCUCCAAAGCCAUUGCUGUUCUUUUCCAUAUAUUUGUGUGUGUGUGUGUGUGUGUUGUGUGUGUGUGUGUGUGUGUGUGUGUUUGUUUAAAAAUAAAAAUUGUACAUUUUGUAUACCUGAGAAGUUGAAAGGCAUUGUACUGAGAAGUUUUUAAUCCCACACAAAUGUGUGCCUUGUCAAACCAUAAGUAAAACUAUUUUUUAAUGUUAAAACAUUUAUGUAUAAAGAAUAUUAAAACUAUU